AUGGUCAAGGAAAUAACUAGUGAGACCAAGCUGGUCAGCUAUGGGAUCGUAGGCAAGAUUCUAUAUCAUGCCCUGUCGUUUAUGGACGGAUACGACCUGCAAAUGCUGUCAGUAUGUAUGAGAGCGUUCGAGAUCACGCUGGGGCUCUCACCGUCCUCGUUAGCCAUAAUGGCUACGGUGGAGACAGUCGCGUUGGUGGCCUGCUGCCCUAUUUGGGGGUAUCUGGUCGACGCGUACAGAAUUGGCUAUGUUCUGGGCACGGCUAUGGCACUGUCAGGAAUCUCGACCAUGCUUAUGGGUUGCGUGUCGAAUUUCGGUGUGAUUCUGGCAUUGCGUGUCAUCCACGGCUGCGCCAUGGGAUGCACCCCUCCGACUACUCAGAAGCUCAUCACGCUAUCUACCGAUGAGAAGAGCCAUGCAGCUGCUUUUGGUCUAUUGCAUUGUGUGGCAUGUCUGGGUCGUCUCAUCUCCGCAGUGCUCGUCACAUACGUGGCGGGUUUCAAGAUCAUGGGCUACCCAGGCUGGCGUCCGUGCUACCUGGGAUUAGGUUUGGUGUGGUUAACUAUGUCGGCAAUCACUGUGUUUUUCUUGAAGCCCGUGAACGGCCAAGAUUGCCCUGUCUCGAUGGAGGAGCGAAGUUCCAUCAAGGAUACAUUGCGUGCCAUCUUUCAGACCGCUACCUGCAAGUUGCUGCUGCUCGUCGUGUUCAUUUCGGACGCGCCGUUCUGCGCCUUCGCUUACAUCAUUCUGUUCCUGCAGUACUCGGGCGUCACGGACAUGAAAGCCGGUAUCACGUGCGGGCUCACGCUGAUCGGUGGCUGCAUUGGAGGAGGAUUCGGCGGAUUUAUUGUCGAUUGGUGCCACAAGAAAAGCAACGAUUACGGCAGGCUUCACGCAGCCAAUGUGAUUAUGGUCAUUCGCCUGGUUGCAUGCAUUGCGUUGUUCAUGGGACCUGCGCCUGAUGGUGAUGUAUCGUGGUACCACAUCGUUGAGCUUAUGACACUGGGUGCAAGCCUAAUGACCGUGAGCAGCAUUGAUAGGCCCAUAUUGGCGUCGGUGGUGCAGAAGAAGUACCAGGCCUCUGCCACUGGGUUGAUCCGUUGUAUCGCCGGUGUCCUGAGCACCAUUUUCUUCCUUCCUCUCUGCGGUUUCUUAGCGGAGAAGGCCUUUGGCUACAAGCCGUCAACCGAACCGAUAGCAACCAUGCUCAGGGAGACGAGGGUCAACAAUGGAGAUGCGUUGCGCAAGUCCAUUAUGUACAUUCUGCUUACCGGUACCAUAGCAAACGCCCUGUGCUACGCCGCCUUCUUUUUCACCUACCCACACGAUGCUAAGGCAAACGAGAGAGCAGAUGAAUCGUUGGUUUCGGAGACAUCGGAUACGCCUUGA